CACUGUAAGGUAAGCUAAGAAAAUUGGUGACGUAUUCGUUCUUUCAAAAUGGACGAUCACAACCGAAUCCUUUUCUUGUCGUUACUAUUUACCGUCAUCUGUUCAUUGGUAACGGGUUUAAACCCUGAACAGAUGUCUGUUGUAUUAAAUGAUAUUCCCGAAAGCGAAGAUUACGUACAAUUUCUGAACGUUCCCCAGACUCUCACUAAAACUAUGAGCCUUGUGACAAAGUACAGGUGUAAGAAAAGAAGUAUCGUUGGCCUGGAACUACAGAUCAAACUGGAAAGUGGUACGCAAAAGAAUGUAUUUAAAUCCAUGUGGGUAUGUGACGGAAAUUCCGAGUUAAAGACACGUAAGAACGACAUCAUUCUGGCAGAUUCGAUCGUCUACCAACCAAAUUAUUUCAACAAAUAUUCUGCGUUGAUAAAAUCCGCCAAGGUACAAGUAUGGCUGUUGGAAGAAGUGAAAUGGCGCUUAGUACCCCAAAGAGAUCUAAUGUAUGAUUUAGCUGAAGCCAAAGUGUCUUAUCCUAUUCAUGUCCAACCACCUUAUUCUCGACCAUUGAAACCAAUUCAUGAUUGUGUCCGCUGGCCCUAUCUAUUCUUGUCCCAACUUUCAGCGAAGCAAAUACUUAAGUGUCUUUACGAAGAUGAAACUGUGAAGAUUCUGGAUUACCCUAUUGCAUUGAAUGGUUUAAAUUUUGGACUGUUUCAUGCAUUUAAGCCAUACAAUAACUUAAAUCUGGAGAAAAUACGAUUAAAUGAAAUAAAUGAGCCAAGGCUAACUGUCAGCAUGUGGAUGUAUGUAUUAGAAUAUUGUACUGGAAGUCUAACAAACCUAUGCAGCAUCAUGUAUCAUUUUGAUUGGAAGAACGACUAUUUGUCCCCUUUAUUGUUUUUGACUGUCGAAGGUAAGAUCCAUGUCCAGAUGAUAAUGAAGAACGGAAGAUCUGAGGCAAAUUUAACACCAUUUAAACUUCCUCUUCACCAAUGGUUCCGACUUGUAUUUUCUAUAGCUUCCAAUAAGUGGUCAAUCACAAUUAAUUAUGGAGAACAAUGGAAAAAUAAAUUGGAAGUAGAUCAUCAGUUUAAUACAGAUAUUCGUUACAAUGAUGUGGAGGGAAUAUUUUCCUUCGGAGGUUCUGAAUAUGUACCAGCUUUCAAAGGAUAUUUUGGUCAAGUUACAUUUUACAGACACCAUGUUGUUUCCCCCAGGAAGAUUUCUAUGCCAAAUCCACACAACACUAUGUUUGAGCUCAGACUGACCAGUCGAGACAAACGGUGUGAAAAUUACUUAACUUGGAUAAAGGAAAAGAUUAAAGUUUUCAAGAAAAAGAAGAUGGACUUUAUCUAUAAAAAUACAUGCCAUCCUUAUUUGAUGGAGUUGAUACACAAUAAAACUACAUCAGAGUGGAAAUCAAAUCAAUGUGUAAGGUAUUCUAUGUCCCCUGUACGUCAUUCCAAACUGGUGCAGAAAAUUAUCUGGAAAUUUAUCAAGAGCAAAGCUGCUGAUCAAGAACCAGAUAUGGAAAAAUUAGGGGAAGCAAUUUUUAAGAUUUUUAUCACAAAAAUUGAAGAUGAUUUGUCAAAAAUGAACGAGAACAUCAUGUUGUUGAAGCAAUCAGCAUGUACUGGACAUACAGAUUCGAUGUAUAUGCUGUCCGUUAUACUUGCAAAUGGAAUAUAUGUGAAAGCUGAUCCCACCCAGUCACACAGUUUCUUGCUCCUUGCGUCAAUGAAAGGCCAUCGUUUAGCUAGCUUGGCAUUGGCAAACAAAUACUAUUAUGGGCUGGAUGCUGUUCCACGUCAAAUUGGUGUUGCAUACAUGUACUUCAAAUAUGUUGCGGAUAAAACACGCCAGGACCGCGAAGACCACAAAGGCACUGACGUUCUUACCGAAUCUGUUCGACUCAAUGACGAUAUCAUGGUGAAAGAGCAAACGGAUGAAAAUGGGGAUAUAUUCAAUUGGUUGAAACACCAAGCCAAGCAAGGAGUACUUUCAGCACAGUUACAUAUUGGCCGAGCAUUAUAUUGGGGAGCACAAGGCCUGAAAAGGAAUAUGGAAUCAGCAAUGGAAUAUUUCCGAGAAAGUGCAGCAACUCAGGAUCCAACAGCUAUGUACGACUAUGGUAUUGUAUUACUAAGGGGCCAAGGAACAAAGAAAGAUGAAGAAAAAGGCUUGGAACAAAUUAAAAGAGCAGCCGAAAAGAAAAAUCCUCAAGCCUUGAAUGCAUUAGGAUGGUAUGCACUCGCGAAACAGAAGAAUUACAAACUGGCUGCUGAAUACUUCGAAAAAUCUCAUAUAAUGGGAAACGCUGAUGCCUCUUAUCACUUAGGUCACAUGUAUUUUUCCGGCAUUUUCCCGGGCCAAGAAGCUAAUGUUGAUAAAGCUUACGAAUUUUUCGUCUGGGCCGCUCUUAAGGGACAGCUGGAAGCUGGAGUAAUGGUAGCUUAUCAGAGUAUACGUGGAACCAGUACGUUGCCAAUCAAUGAAACGCUUGCUACAGAAUGGGCGAGAUUUAUAGCUGAAAAAAAUCCUUCGCUAGGAUAUAUGCUGAGGAAAGGAUUACAUGCUUUUAGGGACAAAGACGAACAAUUGGCAAUAUUUUAUUACAUGAUGGCAGCUGAAGCUGGUAUUGAAGUCGGUACUUUCAACGUUGCUUCUUGUGAAGAAAAUAAGAAAGGAUUUGUCAGCUUCAUAGCUCGAGAAUGCCAAUGGCGCAACUAUAAUCUAUCAACGCUGCGUGAAUUCCAGUUUGUUGACCCAUAUGCGCUACUAAAAAUGGGAGAUUAUAACUGGUACGGCUGUGGUGGUAAGCAGGAUCUCACUAAGGCAACGCAAUUCUACAUGGGGGCGGCUUCUAAAGGAUCUCCUCAUGGCAUUUUCAGUCUUGCACAAAUGGUAGAAGAAGGGGUACAACUUAAAGAAACCGACCUAAAAAGACUAGGACUACCUUUAGAAGUCGGAAAAAGCAACAUAUCUCUGAUAUUUGAACUUUACAAUCGGUGUAAAGAAUCGCAUAACACUGAAGCUUACAUUCCAUGUUCUAUUGCUUUAUGGAAAGUUCAAAUGCUUUAUGUAUGGAAGCAUUAUCAUCUAUGGAUGAAGGUAUCAAGUCUCCUUGGACUGACUCUGGUCACGGCGGGUUUAGUGUACAACCUUAUAAAAAGUUACCAACAGAUUGAUUCAGUGAGUACAGUGUGAACAGAUCUGGAAUAACGAAGCCAUGCACCUCAUAUUCAAACACAAAGAAUUGAUUUUUUUUAGUUUACUCUUGAACAUAUCCAUAACGAACAAAUGCAAUUUUGACUUAUUUUAAUUUGUACAGCGCCUUUCGUGGGAACACGCAUUUAUGUUUAUUUGCUUUAAAGAUUUUUGUUAUAAUGAUCGAUUUAUCGGUGGGGCUAAAUAGGCGAUUGUGUGUAUAUAUAUAUAUAUAUAUAUAUAUAUAUGUAUGUAUGUAUGUAUACAUAUCCACCUAUAAUUACAUGCACUUCUUAAAAUAAUUUAAUAAUUUUCUUUUUUUGUAUAUUUAAGAUAGUGUUACCACGAUUUAAAACGAGAUCUUCAAUUUAGUAGCUACAAGUAAUACGCACCAAUUUCUCAAUUAACCUGCUUCCAAAUAAAAUUUUUUUUUUGUACUUUCUCAUGCACCUUUUUUCGCUAAUUAUUUUUUAAACAAAAAAUAUCUUUUCUAAAACUUAAACUUGAAAUAUACUUAUAUUUUCAUUCUUCAAUC